UACUAGUGCUAUAUUACACAUGAAGUUGCAUCGAUUCCCUCUCCCUCUCUGCUUCGUCUUCCUCUUUCUUCUUUCUCUCCAAUGGAUUUAGGAACAGAGAAUAUCAAAACAGACACAAGACAAGAAGAUCAGAGACAUAUUGUUUUUGAAGAUUACCCUGAACCUCUUAGAUACACCACAUGGGUUUUGAGAGUUUCUAUCCAUUGCGAAGGAUGCAAGAGAAAAAUCAAGAAAAAAUUAAGCAAAAUCGAUGGAGUAUAUACAACAAACAUCGACGUGAAGCAACAAAAAGUAACGGUGAUCGGAAACGUAGAGCCGGAGAUUCUAAUCAAGAAGAUCAUGAAAGCCGGUAGACACGCCGAGCUAUGGCCUACGUCAAUGGAUAACAAUAUUAACAACGACUGUAAUUAUCAGAAGAAAGCAAAAGAUGAAGAAACAAGUGGAGAUGAGGACGACGAAAACAACAACAACAGCGGCGGAGACGGCGGAGGUGGUGGUGGUGGAGGAGGAGGAGGAGGAAACUGUGAUCAGGUGAAACAAGUUGUGACGUUUGUAAACGGACAACCUCAACCUCAAGGAGAUGGAGCUCCGAAGAAGAAGAAGAAAAAGAAAAAGAAGAAGAAAAGCUCAGGCAACACGACGGUGGUGAUGGAAGGUGGCGGUGGCGUACCUGGUGGUGGUGGUCCUCCGCAAAACGAUGGACCGCCAGAGACAGUGAUAUACUCUGCUCCACCAGAUCAUUACAUAAUUCACGGACCUCCUCAAUAUCAUCAGCAGAAUCCGUAUCCGACGGUUCACAGUUCUCCACGUCACCUUCCACAACAAAUGUACGGUCCAGGACCGCCGCCUCCUUCGUUUUAUCACACGCAGCAGACUCAAACGGCGCCGUCUUAUACGGUGAGCUACAACACGGCACACGGGCCGAGUAACGGUGGGAACGAGACGGCGUCGUAUUACGCAGCUGCUCCUAUUCAUCCGACGUCGUAUUAUUCUUAUGAGUACGUGGACACGGGAUACGAAUCUCCACCGCCCGAGUUUUAUUCGUAUAGAUCUCAGCCGUCGGAGUCGUUUGAGGCACUCAGCGAAGGCAAUCCAAACUCUUGUUGCGUUAUGUGAUUUGAUUGGUUUAGGUUUUUAGAAGCUAAUUGACGUAAUUAGGCUUCAAGUGGUCAUCUUGUAAAAUGCCGAACGUUGUGUUAUUAGAGGAGCAUUUACGAAAACAACAACAGUAGUUAAAAUUAAAUUAAAUAUUUACUUUGAAUAAAGAUAUUCGGCAGAAUGAAAUUUUACAUAUUAAAAACACAUAUAUAUUUCCUGUUAGGAAUAAUAUAUUCAUUCCAUAUAUAGAUUAUCUUGUCAAUAUUCGAUUGUAUAUAAUCUCGUUAAUUUAGGAAACUUCUCUAAUGUGUGGAACCUUCAUUGCUAUAUGUAUCGAUGUAAUUCAUUCUGAAUAAUCAAAGAAUCAUAAACA